UUGGUUUCCUUUGAAGUGAAAAAACUUACAGAGUAGGAAGUUGUAAAAAAAGGAAAAAAAGAGGUGGAUAGUGGAGACCUCCACAUUGAGGCUGUGCCGCCACUCGGGAACCAGCAUCUUCAUCUCUAUUGUGAUUACCUUAACUGCUACUGCGAUUUCCAGUUCUUCCGAUAAUCAAUCAACCAACCAAGUAAGCUUUCUCUGAUUCUUUCUCUCUCUAAUCCUUUUGAAAGCUACAAAACCCUUAACAUCCUCUCGUAUCUUACACACUAAACCCUCUUCGUGAAGAUUGGUGCUUGAAAGCUUCUUAUUUAGUUUGAUUUGAUAAGAAUAUUGGUAUAUUUUUAUCUUGAUUUCUGAAGAUGGUUUUGCAUUUAUGACUUGAGGGUUCUUAAUUUUAAUGGGAACGUUGCAAUUGGUGAUAUACUUACUUGAAUGUUCAAAUCUGUUUCUGGGUUUCUCGAAUUCGUUAGGUUUUUUGAAUUUAUUGAGAUAAUGGGAUCUGCCCAUUUGUUGAAUCUUGUUGAUUAUGAACUCUGUUGCUCAAUUUGGUCGAAGGGUUUUGCAUCCCGGCCCGUUUAUACGUUCUGUAUCACGGGUGUUUUGUAAUUGUACUUUAGAUUGUGGUGAGGAUGAUGCUAGCAAAGAGUUUAGCCCUAUUGAAAAAUUGAUUAGGGAAUUUGGGAAAAGUUUGGAUUUUGAUCCGGGUUUAGUAGAUAAAGCAAGUAAAGAGGAUGAUGACGAUAGCCAAUUUCAGGGUAACUGUAAUCUCAAGGAGAAAUUUUUUGAGACUACGUGGAGAGAUGCAGAUAGGGUGUUUGAUGUACUAAGGCAAGAUGGUCCGGGUUUUAAUGUGAAACCGGCAUUGCUUGAAUUGGAUAUUAGGAUUUCAGGCCUGCUUGUAAGAGAUGUCCUCUUGAAGAUUUUGAAGAUUGUAAACCAUGAAAAUAGGACUUUGUGUGCCAAAUUGGCCUACAAGUUUUUUGUAUGGUCUAGUGAGCAGGAAUACUAUAGGCAUCCACUGAAUGCAUAUCAUCUGCUAAUGAAAAUUUUUGCAGCUGCUGAGGAGUUUAAAGCAAUGUGGCGGUUAGUUGAUGAAAUGACUGAGAAGGGUUACCCGGUUACUGCAAGAACAUUUAAUAUUUUGAUUGGUAGUUGUCGUGAAUUAGGAUUGCGAAGAACAAUCGUUGAAAGAUUCAUUAGGUCAAAGACAUUCAAUUACCGCCCAUUCAAGCAUUCCUACAAUGCAAUUUUGGUUUGCCUUCUUAAAAUAAACCAGCACAGGUUAAUUGAUUGGGUUUAUCAACAAAUGGUGGCUGAUUAUCAUUUACCUGACAUCCUAACGUAUAACAUACUCAUUUGUGCACAGUAUAGGCUGGGAAAGAUGGAUAAUGUCCAUCGGUUGCUGGAUGAAAUGGGUAGGAAUGGACUAUCUCCAGAUUGCCAUACUUUUAACAUUCUUCUUCAUGUUCUUGGAAAAGCGGAUAAGCCAUAUGCUGCUCUUAAUCUUUUGAAUCAUAUGAGGGAAGUUGGAAUAAAUCCAUCCUCUCUCCACUACACUUCCUUGAUGGAUGGUCUGAGCCGGGCAGGAAAUAUGGAUGCUUGCAAGUACUUCUUUGAUGAAAUGAGCAAGAAUGGGUUCAACCCUGAUGUUGUCAGUUACACUGUUUUGAUCAGUGGAUAUAUAGCAGCAGUAGAGCUAGAGAAGGCCCAGCAGUUGUUCAAAGAUAUGAUUUCAGAUGGACUGCUGCCAAAUGUAUUUACGUACAACUCCAUGAUUCGGGGACUUUGUAUGGCUGGGAAAUUUGAGGAUGCAUGCUCUAUGCUUAAGGAAAUGGAACAGAGAAAUUGCAGCCCAAAUUUUCUUGUGUACAAUACCUUAAUUAGUAACUUGCGAAGCAAUGGGAAACUUUCCGAAGCACAUGAAAUAGUGAAAGAUAUGAUCGAGAAAGGACAAUAUGUUCAUCGCAUCUCAAGAUAUAAGAGAUAUAGGAGAUACUGAAUUACAGGAUUUUGGCAUUGUAACUUUAUUGCAGAAUGUUCAUUGAUUGUUUACACACCACAGUUUGUAGCUGCUGCUUGUGUUGGAUGUCAUGCUCUCCAUUUUAACUUUCCUCUAUUGAAGUGCUGCAAAGUCUGGAUUGCAAUGUGCUACAUCAUCAUAUUUUGUGGAUGCAAUCCCUAUAAAGAAGAGAUGCUUGUUUGGUUUGGUUUUCAGCCACUGGAAGAUCCCUAUUCUAUAGUCCUGACUCCUGAGUUAUUCGACUAUAGAGUUUCGGAAUUAAAGUUUUGUGCAUCAGUGAAAAACUAUCUGUUUGUGUAGUUCCUGUGGAUUUUCCCUACCCGUCAUAAUAUUUUUGGGCAUUCCCUGUAGAUUGACUGCACCAUCUUGCUGAGAUGGUUUCUUUAUUGUGACGGAGGACUCUUAAACCAUAGUACACGUAGAGAUUGGCAAAAGUUUGUAUGUAUAGAGAGGUAAUUAGGGAACUUCUGGUCUAUCAGAUUUCUUCUUGGGCCACUCCAUUGAUAGUUUUUUUUUUUGGCAACCUUGAAGAAUUACUCGUCUGUCUGUUGCCAAAAACAAAAGCCAUAAUUUGAUUCGAGGUCAGAACUUGUUAGCUUCUACAAUUGAAGCUUACAAUAAUGUCCUACAUUUUGAUAAACAAUACAAA